AUGGCUCAUCACGUUCUCUCUCUACCUCUAGCCACCAUCCUCGCGGUGGCACUACUCCUAGCCCGCCGCGCUGCGGGUUACCCGUGGUAUGUGUGCGGCUCAAGCAGCAACUUCGCGGCUAACAGCACAUACCAGGAUCAUCUCGACUUCGUCACGGCCACCCUUCCCAAGAACGCCUCCUCGUCCCCCGACCUCUUCGCCACCGCCGUCGUCGGAACCAUCCCGGAGCAGCUCUGGGCCAUGGGGCUCUGCCGCGGCGACGUCAACGCCUCGACAUGCUUCGAGUGCCUGACCCAGGGCUUCCAAGUGGUACCCAACGAUUGCCCCUACGAUAAGGGCGCUAGCAUCUACUACGACCCUUGUAUGGUGCACUACUCCGACGUCCACACUCUACCCAACGACGACACUGGCCCGAUGAUGAACACUUACGUCGUAACCAACGACGGAAACGUCACCUCGGCGGACGCGGCCCGGUUCAAGAGCCUCCUGGCCGACCUCAUCAACGCCACCGUCGAAUACGCCGCGAACAGCUCCCGGCGGUUCGCAACCGGGGAGGCCGACUUCAACCAGGAGACGAUCCCCAAGGUGUACAGCGUGGCUCAGUGCACGCCGGACCAGACACCGGCGCAGUGCCACAAGUGCCUCGAUAGGAUGGUAGAGGCUACCCUGGAGGCGUUCAAUGGCAGUAUCGGAGGCAGGGUGCUUGGGGUUGAUUGCACCUACCGGUACGAGACCGCGCCCUUCUACAACGGACGGGCGAUGGUGCGGGUGGCACCACCAACAAGCUCUAGAGCGCCGGCGCCGGCGCCGGCUCUGCAGCCGACGGCCGCCGGAGGAGAGCCCAUGUAUUACACUGAAGCGGAGGACACCGAAAUGGUGGACUCCAUGAUGAUGGACGUCUCCACCCUACGGGCCGCCACAGGGGAUUUCGAUGAGAGCAACAAGCUCGGCGAAGGCGGCUUUGGUGCUGUGUACAAGGUAGCACUGACAAACACUGGGUACAUGGCACCCGAGUACAUGAUGCGGGGGACCUACUCCGUGAAGUCGGACGCGUUUAGCUUCGGUGUCAUGCUGCUGGAAAUCGUAACGGGUCGGAAGAACAAUAACGACGGCUGUAAUCUCUUGACCACAGUAUGGAUGCACUGGGAGGCCGGGACGGUGGCGGAGUUGGUCGAACCGAGCAUGGGCGGCAGUUUCCCGGAGGGCGACGUGCUGAGGUGCGUCCACAUCGGCCUGCUGUGCGUCCAGGCAGACCCUGCGGCCCGGCCGGUAAUGUCGUCGGUCGUGAUGAUGCUCGGCAGCGACACGGUCACCCUCCAGGCUCCAUCCAAGCCGGGAUUCUUCGCCAGGAACAACAACGCCAACACAGCCGUGUCGACAGUGUCAUUGAGUGGUUAG